AUGGCGGCUAGGGUUAGGGUUAGCCACGAGGAAGAAGGUCUGCUCAACAAUGAAUUGCGAAAAGGACCAUGGACUGCUAUCCAUGGUCAAGGUCGUUGGAACACUCUUUCCCUUCUUGCAGGUCUGAAACGAUCUGGGAAAAGUUGUAGGUUAAGAUGGCUAAAUUAUUUACGUCCAGACCUUCGACGUGGUACAUUUACUCUUGAUGAACAACUCCUGAUUCUUGAACUUCAUUUUCGUUGGGGCAACAGGUGGUCAAAGAUAGCUGAACAUCUACCAGGAAGAACAGAUAAUGAGGUUAAGAACUAUUGGAGGACAAAGGUGCAAAAUUUAGCUAGGCAGUUUCAAUGCCAUGUAAACAGCCCUGAAUUCAGAGAUGUUCUACACCGUAUUUGGAUCCCUAAACUAUUUGAACAAAUUCAAGCUAAUGCAACUGCCACAUCAAAUUACACUAUAAAGGCCCAAAGUGAUGGCCCAACUUAUGAGCCAUGGCAUGGGCUUAAUGAUGCUCAUCAUAACAAUAGCAACAACACACCUAUACACUUGGGUCCAACUUCUCUUGAUCAACAUGAAGAUGGGCCAACUGAUCUAUAUUCAAAGCCCAAUGAGCUAACAGAUUGUUGUGAGGCCCACGUUUUACCCGAGUCCGGUUUAUCUGAUGAUUUGGAUCUAGAUUGGGAGCAGAUCGAUGAGUUUUUAUGGGAGAUGACACUAAACAAUGAUGGGGAUAAUAUGUUGUUCUUGGAACAUCAACAAGAUUAACUUCCAUUAUUAACCGUUUUAAACCAUAUACAUUAGUUAAUUAAAAAGUUAUUUAGGCAAGCCACUUUAUAAUGUAGCAUAUAAAUUGACCUAGUAUCAAACACA